CAGCUCCAUCUCUUUGGCCGAAAGCGUCCACCAGAUCUUUCCGGCAUCCCCGUCGCUCGUCGUCGCCUCCGCCGCCAUGUGGAGAGGCGGCGCCACCGCCGCCUCCGCCGCGAGGGCUCUCCGCUCGCGCAUGCUCGGAGACCCCGUCCACCACCCCUCUACGGCUAUUCUCCCCAUCCCUUCGGCGCGCGCCGCCUGCUCGGCACCCUCUGCAGCCUCCCCCGCGCCCAUCGUCGCUGAAGCGGCGGCCGCCUCGGUAGCUGUUUCGUCGGGAGCCAGAUCCGCCUCCGACGUGCUGCGUCACUACGGGCAGUGCUACUGGGAGCUCUCCAAAGCCCGCCUCAGUGCACUUGUCGUGGCAACAUCGGGGGCUGGAUAUGUGCUCGGUAGUGGCAGCAUUGUAGACAUUGCUGGACUUUGCUACACAUGCACUGGUACCAUGAUGGUUGCAGCAUCUGCCAACACUCUCAACCAGGUGUUUGAAAUAAAGAAUGAUGCUAAAAUGAAAAGGACAAUGCGAAGGCCCCUACCAUCAGGGCGUAUUAGUCCUGUGCAUGCUGCCAUGUGGGCUACAACUGUUGGAACUGCAGGAACAGCAUUAUUGGCUUGCAAGGUUCGGCUCUUUGCUGUUUGCUUGUACUUGCUUUACACUUUGUUUAAAGUGUAUGCGGCCACUGUAGAUGCAUCCAAUCUCAUUCUGUAUGCAUUUGUAUACACUCCACUGAAGCAAAUACACCCUGUCAAUACAUGGGUGGGAGCGGUUGUUGGCGCCAUUCCGCCACUUCUAGGGUGGGCGGCAGCAGCAUCUGAACUGUCACUCAACUCUAUGAUUCUGCCGGCUGCUUUGUACUUUUGGCAGUUACCACAUUUCAUGGCCCUUGCGUACUUAUGCCGCGCUGACUACCUUGCUGGAGGGUAUCGUAUGCUCUCUUUUGCUGAUCCUACUGGCAAGAGAACUGCAUGGGUUUCACUCAGAAAUUGUCUCUACAUGCUGCCGUUGGGGUUAUUUGCAUAUAACUGGGGGCUAACAUCCGAAUGGUUCAGUUUUGAAGCAUCGCUUCUAACGACGGGCCUCGCCAUUGGAGCCUUAUCAUUUGUACUGGCUCCUAGUCAGAAGAGUGCAAGAAGAAUGUUCCAUGCUAGCCUCUUGUAUCUUCCUGCUUUGAUGGCUGGACUUAUAUUGCAUCGGCUGCCCAACGAACAGAAGGAGCAUAACAACAUUCAUCAGACUAGUGAGAUCGCUGGGGUUCUCCGCGGCGCCGAGCUGUGGGACGAAGAAGAAAGAGCUAGACAGAAACAGGAAGACCUGAAACAUUCUCGUCGUGCUCAAUCACGCCCUCCAGUUGCCUAUGCUUCUGUAGCCCCAUUCCCCUUCUUGCCUGUGCCUGUGUACGUCUCUCCAGAAGCUCAUGAGUUUUGAAAACCUUGUCCCAGCAGCCAGGGCUGCAAUGGUUUCAUCUUCCUUCCUUUUUGUCUGUUGUCAGAAAAUUCUUUUCCGCUCUUGACAGGAAAUUUUACCGCUCAGGGGAAUUCCUAUUUGUAUUGUUGAAUUAAAAUAUGAGAAUAAUGAGCGCAAUGUUUAUUUGUAAAAAAACAUAAAUUCAGUUGUUGGGCUCACGUGAGUAUAAAAUCGAUGUUUCAGAGUA